AACAAAUCCCUAAACCCCUAAAAAAACAACAAAAAAAAAACACAUUCACUCCUUGUCUCCCUCAGUCUGUCGUCAUAUCCCAAAUACGCGCAUGCACGGACCAGACAACGAACACUCACACUCUCUCUCUCUUCAAACUACCACCGCCAACGGUGGUUUCCGGCGGAUUUUACGGCGUGGUUUAUAAAUUCCGGUUGCUUGUGCCUUGUGCUGUAUUGAACUAUCUGGACUUUUGGAAGUACUAAUAAUUUGAAAGAGAGAAGAUGGGGUAUAUAGGGGCUCAUGGUAUUGCUGCGCUACAUAGAUACAAAUAUAGUGGUGAGGAUCACUCAUACACAGCCAAAUACAUUUUACAACCAUUCUGGACUCGAUUUGUGCAUAUUUUCCCUCUUUGGAUGCCCCCAAAUAUGAUAACACUUACUGGAUUCAUGUUCUUAAUGACUUCUGCAUUACUUGGAUAUCUAUACUCACCUCGUCUGGAUUCACCACCACCUAGAUGGGUUCAUUUCAUGCAUGGAUUACUGCUCUUUUUGUACCAGACCUUUGAUGCUGUAGACGGAAAGCAAGCAAGACGUACCAAUUCAUCAAGUUCGUUGGGCGAGCUUUUUGACCAUGGAUGUGAUGCUCUCGCUUGUGCUUUUGAAGCUCUUGCUUUUGGGAGUACUGCUAUGUGCGGAAGAGCGACUUUCUGGUUUUGGGUAAUUGCAGCUAUUCCAUUUUAUGGUGCAACAUGGGAACACUACUUCACCAAUACGCUAAUACUUCCUGUAAUCAAUGGACCGACGGAAGGUCUUAUGCUGAUCUACUUGUGUCACUUCUUCACAACUUUUGUAGGUGCUGAAUGGUGGGCUCAACAGUUCGGAGCAUCAAUACCCUUCUUGAGCUGGGUGCCAUUUUUUAGUGGGAUCCCAACAUACCAAGUUGCGUUGUACCUCAUGAUAGCUUCGGGUGUGAUACCGACUGUUGCAUUCAACAUACAGAAUGUCUAUAAUGUAGUUAAGUUGAGAAAAGGAAGUAUGCUGCUAGCAUUAGCCAUGCUUUAUCCAUUCGUGGUGCUCUUGGUUGGGGUCCUUGUGUGGGAUUAUCUCUCUCCAUCUGAUCUUAUUGGCACUUAUCCCCAUCUCGUUGUAGUGGGAACUGGACUUGCAUUUGGUUUUCUUGUGGUAAGAGAACAUUUAUGUGGUAACCUUUUUUUUCCCCUUGAGGGAAGGAUGAUUUUGUCUCAUUUGUGUGAUGAGCCAAAGGGUCUCAAAACUAGUAUGUGUAUGUCUCUGUUGUAUCUCCCUCUGGCAAUUGCAAACGCUUUGACUGCUAGGCUAAAUGACGGAGUUCCAUUAGUUGACGAGUCUUUAGUGCUGCUCGGUUAUUGUGCUUUUACUGCUUGUCUGUACUUGCACUUUGCAACGUCAGUCAUCAAUGAAAUCACAACUGCUUUGGGAAUCUAUUGCUUCAGGAUUACUAGGAAAGAAGCAUGAAGAAGGUUCUUGGCUUCUAGUUCUUGGUAUUUCCUUCUUCCUGUACCCUUCCGUAUUGCACUUUCAUUAUUAACUACCAAAGCCUCCCCUUCUCCUGCAUUAUCGAUUUCCUUGGUUGUGGCAAUACAGGUAAUUGUGGAAAUUUAUUUAUUCAAAAUGUUUUGAUCAACUUUGUGCUCGUGGAUGUAUGAUCGAUUCCAGAUUUUCAUUUUGCUAAAACCUAAUGUUUGCUCAUACUUGAUAUUUUAUUUUUAAUAUAUUUUUCUCUUUAAAAUUGUA